UUCACGCAUAACCACUUCCCACCACUAACAACCGCAAUUUCUAUCUCUCUCUCUCUCUUCAAUUUCCAGUUUUUGUGUGAAGUGGUGAUGGGGAAUUGCAUGAAGACGUGUAAGCAAACAGAGCAAGAAGAUGACCUGAAAUUUGAUUUUGAAGAAGAAAAAGAUGGGAAAGCAGAAGCAGGUGAGUCCUUGAAGGGAAGUAGUGGGUUUGGUUCAUCAGGAGGUGUAAGGGUAAAGCUCGUGCUCACAAAAGAAGAGUUGGAAUCGUUGUUGUUUCAAUUGAAGCGCAAUAGUGGAGGAGGAGGAGGAGAAAAAUUGUCACUAGAAAUUGCUUUGAGAGAGAUUGAGAGAGGGAGGGAGAGAGUUAAAGUUGUUGAAGAAUCAACAUGGAAACCUUCCUUGGAGAGCAUCAUUGAGACCCCAGAAUGAAGAAAUUAGAGUCUUUUUUUUUAUAAAACCCAAAUGUACUUUUUUGGUUUUUCUUCUCUUCUUAGAGGGUAUUUAUAAAUACAUAAUGUAUAUGUAAUUGUAGUUUUUAGUUAUGAAGGAGAGAGAUAUGGUAUUCUUCUUCUUCU